AUGAAAUUCCAACACGUCGCACCGGUGUGCCUUGCGGGCUGUGCCCUGGCCUUGCCGACUCCGGUCGAGAAGAGACAGGAUCUCUCCGACCUCCUUCCGUUCCCUAUCCCAAGCGGUCUGAUUCCGACUGGCCUCUCCCUCCCAUCUGGUCUCUCCCUCCCCUCAGGCCUCCCCAGCUUCUCUCUGCCUACGGAUCUGUCCGACCUAGGCUUGAAGCGCCGGGACGUGCCUUUCUCUCUGCCCUCUGGUGCCGCACUCCCUACAGACUCCCAGGGACUGUCUCAGCUACUGCCAUCUGGUCUUCCCGACCUGUCCGGCCUCGGCAUCACCCUUCCCACCGGGCUUCCAUUCGAGAAGCGCCAAUUCGGCGGUGGUGGGGGCCCUGAAGGCGGAUCAUCUGGCGGUCCAUCCUUUGGCGGUGGUUCUGGAGGGCCGUCUCUCGGCGGCGGCGACUCCAGCUCAUCCUCUAGUCCCUUCGGAGGCCUAUCCGGUUUUGGUGGCGGUGACUCCUCUUCUGGCUCCUCCGGGUCCUCCUCCAGUCCCUUUGGAAGCCUGCCCAGCUUGGGUGGCGGUGACUCCUCUUCCUCCGACUCCUCCAGCCCCUUCGGAGGCCUACCCGGCCUUGGUGGUAGUGGCUCAUCCUCCUCCCAGUCCGGCGGCUCUCCCUCGCCUUCCAGCGGCUCAUCAUCCUCCGGCGGGAUCCCCGACUUCCUCAACGGCCUCGGAGGCUCUUCCAGCGAUUCUUCUAGCUCUGCUCAGCCCUCCAGCGGCAGCCCUCUCGGCGGCCUCUCCGGUAUCUUUGGCGGGCUCGGGGGCGAUUCCUCUCAGUCUUCUAGCAGCCCCUCUAGCUCCUCUCAGCCCUCCAGCAGCGACCCAUUCGGCGGGCUCUCCGGUAUCUUUGGCGGACUCGGAGGCGACUCCUCCCAGUCUUCCAGCGGCCCAUCCAGCUCCUCCCAGCCCUCCAGCAGCGACCCCUUCGGCGGACUCUCCGGUAUCUUAGGCUCUCUCGGGGGCGGCUCCAGCUCCUCCUCGUCCGGGGGUGAUUCCUCCAGCCCUUCCCAACCCUCCGGCAGCUUCCCUAACCCCUUCGGCGGCUCCUCUUCCUCUUCCUCUUCCUCCGACUCUUCUGCCCCGGCUCAACCCAGCGGCGACGCCCCCCAGCCCAGCGCCGCCUUCCCCAGCAUCAGCCUCCCCGAGCCUACCGGCAGUAGCAGCAGCAGCAGCAGCAGCAGCAGCUCUUCCGACUCCAGCGACAGCGACUCUUCAUCCUCUGCGUCGGACUCCGAGCCCUCUCUCAGCCUUCCGACUCCGUUGGCGUUCUCGCCCGGUGGUCUGAACCUCCCGGCUCCUUCGUCUAGCUCGGCUAUUCCGACCAGCUCGGCUGUUCCUACUAGUGCGGCUGUGCCGACUGCGCCGUCUUCGUUUAAGCAGUUCUUUGCUUAG